UGAGACAGAGGUCUAUCUGAGCUGCCUGCAUAAAAUUAAUCUGAGGUCCCAAUGAGGAGGAGACAUCAACCACAGGAAGUAGAAACCACAUUUUAUUAUAAGAAGUUCUGCUUCAGACACUUUGAGAGUCGACAGCGAGAGAACAAGUCACAGAAAACAAGAGAAAAAUGUUUGGAUUGAAAUCUUUUAAAUUAUCUCUGCUUCUGACAUGGAUGCUUCCAUUUACAGCUGAAACUCAACAAUUUUCUGACAUGACUGCGACGGUUGGAGAUGACGUCACUUUGACUUGUGAAGGUUUCAGAGAAUUUAAUGAUCAAUGUAAAAGUACUACAUGGCUCUACAGUGACUCAGUAAAAACAGUGCCACUGUAUGAACAUGGGAAGAUUCACAGAGAAGCUGGAUCUAAAUCAGACAGACUGAAUGUUACAGAAAAAUGUUUCCUGGUUAUAAAGAAGGUCACAGUGGAGGAUGAAGGUUUUUACCUCUGCAGACGGUUUGAAUCAUCAGGACGUGUAGUUACAGAGUCUACAGUUCUACUUUCUGUUACUAACAAAAAAAACCCAGAAACAACAACAACAUCCCCACAAGCAUCAGUCACAUCAACAACUGGUGGAAAAACUGGAUCAAACUCGGAUUUUCUUCUGGCAUCACUGAUCAGUGCAGCUGUUGCUUCAGCAGCUCUCUUAAUAACUACAGUGAUGAUCAUCAGAUGGAGGAAAACUAAAGGAAAUAAAACUCAGAUGGAUGAUGGAGCUGAGUUGAGCUUCACCUCUGCAGGGACUCGGUCUGGUCCAGAAACCAUUCAGGACACGGCUGAUCAUGCAGAUAUGAUCCAGUACGCCUCCAUCAGCAACACCAGCAUGAGCAACACUGGGGCCCGGGUUCACAGUAAAGACCAUGAUGAACACAGAGUGACCUACAGCACUGUUAAAGCUCCUGCUGCAGCCUCCACUAAUCCCACCGACCUCUACGCUACUAUCCAAGAAUACAGAUGAAAGACCAAAGUAUAGCUACAUUGAAGUUAUUAUGUUUGUCCAAAGAUCAGUUUAACCUUUUUUAAUAAAUAGUUUUAUAUUUUAUUUUACAUUUACAGUGUGUGAAGUUCAGGGAAAUCUACUUGUAGAAUAAUUAUCUAACAUGUUUUACUGUCUAUCCGUUCCAGUCACUUUUUUGCUAAUUUACCUUCUUAAGGUUAAAUGAAUCCUGUGAAAGAUUAUUGAUGGGAGUUUCGGAUCCAUACCUUUAGUCCAGGGGUGUAUAAAGUCAGUCUUCAAGGGCUGCUGUCCUGCAGGUUCUGAAUUAUUGAAUUUGAAUCAGGUGUGUUGGAUCAGGGAAACAUUUAAAACCUGCAGGAUUGCAGCCCUGGAGGACCGGAGCUGGACCCUCCUGCUUUGGGUCUUUUGGUCCCUGAACACUCAGAGUGGCACACUUGGUGGCAGUAAGUCACAUCUGUUUCCUGUUGUUAAAAAUAGAGGAAGUGGAAAAUUUUUAAUUAGUUUUACUUUAGAUUGAAUUUUUCCUUUUUGCAGAUGAUUUGGUCGAAGUUUCUUCAUUUCUUUUAUACCUGGGCUGUGAGUGGAAAUUAGCAGUUUUCUAAAUCCAGAAUAAUUUCACUAAUAUGCACUGUCCCAUCCAAAUUAAUGAUUAAAUGAAUAAAAAAUGAACUGAGUGUCACAUGGCAGAGAGCCCUAAUAUGCCAGCUAUGGGUCCAAGGGGGAACACUCUACAUGAAAGAACAUGCAACACACAAUGUCCCACAAAUAUGCCAGUGAUAUAUAUAUAUAUAUAUAUAUAUAUAUAUUUAAAUGUAUUAUUUUUAUUAUAAUCCUUUUAAAUACAUUGUGUUAUUUGUGUGUUUGUGACUGAUUGUUUUUUGCUGCUGGCUGAACAACAAAUUGCCCUCACGGGAUAAUAAAGAUUCCCAGUUGUUUAAAAAAUUAGAUAAAUAAAUUAAUAAAUAAAAAUAAUAAAAAAAAUGUUCAAGCCAAGUCCAAAUAAUAAGGUGGCCCUCUACUGGCAGCUUCUGUACACGACUGGGUCUCUCUCCGCGUGCCACUCGGCGUCAGGGGGACAGAACCUGUACCAGGUAAAAAAAAAUCAGUGGGCUGGAUGGAUAAUAUUUAGCCGAUCUUAGGUCAUAUGGCAAUAAGUGCUACUAGAGGAAACAGAAGGGAGAACUCACUGGGGGGUCAAAGUAGGGCUACUGCUGACAACAACUCCACUUCAAGUCCAAACAAAGGAAGAAAAACAUUAAGUCCAUGCAAAGCAGAGCCCAGCACAACCUGAAUAGACACUUAGAGGAGGGGGGUUGCCGCACAUUCCCCCCUCCACUAUUCCCACGGCGCAUCCUGUUACCUGGUCGGUCUUCACUGUCCAUGCUGUCAACCCCACCAGACGUCUCUGAUGCGUCCUCAGCCUGGUCUACGAUGCCUGCUGCCCUCCAGACCCACUCUUUUUUACACACACCGCUCAUGUCGGAAACCCUGCCACGCCUUUUCUCAUCACACACUUCCUCAGGGGAAACUAUAGCCGCUAGAUGGGAGCAGUAGACUGUGUGUUCAGUUCAGUUAAUAUUUAUGUAUUUAUUCAUUUUAUAUACCACUUCGCCCAAUUCAGGGUAACAGGGCUGGAGUCUAACCCAGCAUUUAGCAGGCAAGAGGCAGGUACUCCUGGACAGGUCGCCACAACACUACAGGGCUUGCAUACCCUGGGUUGCAUGGAGGUUGUGGUGCCUGAACAACAACACUUUAGUUUGUCCUUGUAAACUUUGAUAAAUGCUGAGUCAUGUAAGGUUUAACAUCCUUCAGACAGUUUAAUAAAGUUUUUAGAGGGGCUGAUACAUUUUAUUAGAUCAUAAAUGUUUCACCUUUGACGCCACACAGAAGAGGACAGAGAGGGAGGAUGGAGUGAAUGUACAAAGAGAGAAGUAGAGCAGGUGUAGGACAGAAAGAUGGUUAUAACGCAGGUUUGUUCUGUCAGCUGCAUUUACAGCUGUUAUUACCUGGGGUAAGGUGUAUAUAAGAGGUGACAUCGCUGGGGUCAUCAGGUGUUUGGCCUGGAAGGGUAGAAAAGUUUUUUUACCACUAUGGUGCCAAUGUUUAGGCUGCAGUUUGUUUGUUUGUUGGUGAAACAGAUUGACUUUUAUGUACCAUCAAAGAGGAAUAAAUGUCAGUAUUAGGAAGAGCAACGGCCAAUACGGUCAUGAUGUACGGGUUUUGGUUCUUUCCUUGUGUUUGGUAUUUUCUUAAUUUCAGUGAUUGGUUCUGGUUUUUGUCUUUAGUUAUGAUUUUGCUUUAGUGUUUCUGGGUUUGUUUCAGUCUUUAGUUUCCCACAUGUGCUCUGUUUUCUGUUCCUGGCUCAUUAGCUCACCUGGUUUGAUUUUGAUUUAUUUCACUUGUUCUCAAUUAGUUCCUCUGUGUACAAAUACCUGAUGGUUUCAGUUCUUCCUUGUCAGAUCCUCAUGGUUUACUGCCUGUUGUGUGUGGUUCCCUGUCCUGAGUUUACAGAUGUGUCAGUCUUAGCCUGCGUCAGAUAUUCUCAGUAGCUACAGUAGUAGACUUAACUCCUUCAAGUAGUCUUUAAUACGGGAGUAGAGGUGUCUAUUUCAUGAACAUAGCUUUAGUAGACAACAGUGUUUAGUAACAGCAUUGGGCUGAGGUUUAAUUAAUGGCAAGUACAUAGAUUUUAAAAUCAUCUUUAUCACAGUUUAAAACAAUAAGCACGACCAUCAGGAGCCUAUCCGAGCUGUUACUCAGCGAGUCCAUCACAGGGUUAAAAAUAGAAUUUAGAGAACAGAAACAUGCAUCUCAUGGUGACUGUUGUUUCUUGUGAGUCUUUAAUAGUCAUCCGGUCACUAUUAAAAGAUAAAUCUGCAGAUUUCUGCUGCUGUUGUUGCCACAUUCUCACCAAAAACGUCCCCUCAGUCGUUGCUGCAAAGCUGCCAUGAGGAAGCAGUGGGAGGGUCACAGGCUCAUUUCACAGUUACACCAGCAAAUGUUAUGAAACCUGAUUGCAAAGAGAAAACUUAAUGUUCAGACAGAGCUAGAUGACGUCAGCGAACAUUUCUUCAUAUUUCACAACAGAAUCUAUGUGGAAGCUAAAACUUUAAAUUAAAGAUUUUUCUACCAAGAACUUUAAUGUUAAAUAUGAGCCAACAUGUUGUUUCAGUUAUAAAAUUGUAAAAAUAUUAAAUCAUUUUAUUUCAAUAAAAAGUAAGACAGAAGUCUGAAUGAGCUGUCUGCAUAAAAACCUCUGAGGUCCCAAUGAGGAGGAGACAUCAACCACAGGAAGUAGAAACCACAUUUUAUUAUAAGAAGUUCUGCUUCAGACACUUUGAGAGUCGACAGCGAGAGAACAAGUCACAGAAAACAAGAGGAGAGAAAAAUGUUUGGAUUGAAAUCUUUUAAAUUAUCUCUGCUUCUGACAUGGAUGCUUCCAUUUACAGCUGAAACUCAACAAUUUUCUAACACGACUGCGACGGUUGGAGAUGACGUCACUUUGACUUGUGAAGGUUUCAGAGAAUUUAAUGAUCAAUGUUUCAGUACUACAUGGAUCUACAGUGACUCAGUAAAAACAGUGACACUGUAUGAAAAGGGGAAGAUUCACAGAGAAGCUGGAUCUAAAUCAGACAGACUGAAUGUUACAGAAAAAUGUUUCCUGGUUAUAAAGAAGGUCACAGUGGAGGAUGAAGGUCAUUACUUCUGCAGACAGUUUGAAUCAUCAGGACGUCAAGUUACAGACUCUAGAGUUCAACUUUCUGUUACUAACAGAAGGACCUCGUCACCAGUCCCCCCGAUGUCCACACCACCAUCAAC